AUUAAAACAUUCCAUUUCCCCAUCGGGAAGUUCACUGCCUCUCUCUCUCUGUCUCUCUCUCUCGGCAAUUACACAGCCUCCACUCUUCACUCGAUAGCAAAUGCUGAAAUGGCAGUGGCAACAACAACAUCCAAUUCCACAACCCAAAAGAAUCGCUACACUUUCACUGCUCUCCUAUUCAUCACCCUCUUCCUCUUCGCCAUUUUCGUCUUCUCCAAACGAGCUCUCGAGCCUUCUCUUUUACUCUACAAAGAUCUCCUUCCCAAAAUCCCAUCUUUUUCUUCCUCGCUUACCCAUUCCAAUCUCUCUCUCCUCAACUCCACAACCCCACUAAAGGUAGCUGUAGACCCACCUUCUCCUCCUCUUCCUUGUCCUCCUCCUCCUCCUUCUGGCACCGAUUCCCCCUCCCCAGAACCAGAGGAGCCACCAACCCACCAACCCAUUUCGUCCAAUUCAGAAACCGAUGAGCCGACGGAGUCCAAUGACGGAACUGAGCAAGACCCAGGUAGUGGAAAUGGGAACCCAUUCGGGGAAAUGGGUGAAAUUGGGUGUGAUUUGUAUGCGGGGACUUGGGUGAAAGACGAGCAUUAUCCGCUUUACGAACCGCGUUCUUGUCCAUAUGUCGAUGAAGCUUUUGAUUGCCAGAGCAAUGGAAGGAGUGACUCUGAGUAUCUCAAAUGGCGGUGGAAGCCUCAGGGAUGUGAUCUUCCAAGGUUUAAUGCAACAGACUUCUUGGUGAGAUUACGGGGUAAAAAGUUGAUGCUCGUAGGAGAUUCCAUGAAUCGGAACCAGUUCGAGUCAAUCCUUUGCCUCCUCCGUGAGGGCUUGCAUAAUAAAAGCAGGAUGCGUGAGAUUCAUGGCCACAAAAUAACUAAGGGAAGAGGUUACUUUGUUUUCAAAUUCGAGGACUAUGACUGUACAGUAGAAUUUGUGAGGUCACAUUUCCUGGUGAAGGAAGGAGUCCGCAUUAAUGCGCAAGGGAGUUCAAAUCCAACUCUUUCAAUAGAUCAAAUUGACAAGACUGCUAAACGUUGGAAGAGGGCUGACAUUCUUGUAUUUAACACUGGCCAUUGGUGGGCUCAUGGAAAAACUGCUCGAGGGAAAAGCUACUAUAAAGAGGGAGAUUAUCUUUAUCCAAAGUUUGAUGCAUCUGAGGCCUACAGAAGAGCUCUGAGGACAUGGGCAAACUGGAUUGAUCAUAAUAUUAAUCCAUCAAAGCAGUUGGUCUUCUAUCGUGGUUACUCUUCUGCCCAUUUCAGAGGUGGAGAUUGGGAUUCAGGUGGGUCAUGCAAUGGAGAAAAAGAACCAGUCUUAAGUGGAGCCAUACUUGAUAACUAUCCUUUGAAAAUGAAGAUAGUGGAUGAAGUGAUCAAAGAUAUGCGGAUUCCUGUGAGGCUGCUGAAUGUGACAAGGUUGACCAAUUUCCGCAAAGAUGGCCAUCCAUCAAUCUAUGGCAAGAAUGCAACUGCUGGCAAAAAAGUUUCCACAAGGAAGCAAGACUGCAGCCAUUGGUGCGUUCCUGGGGUCCCUGAUGCAUGGAAUGAGCUCAUUUAUGCCACUUUAGUUUUACAGAAAACCAACUCAAAGAGUAAAAUUUCAUAGGGUUUUCUCGAUUUACCACGAGAGUAAUUACUAUAGACAUAUGGAAUAUCUGCAUUCUUUUA